UUCAGAUAACCUAUUCAACUGCGACAUUCUAUUCUAAGUCCCUCAGCAUGUUGGGUCUAAGGCAAUUCUACCGCCAUGUCCCCAGAUGGACCCAAACUCGGUCCGUAUCAACAUUGGACGGACAUCCUCAUAUUUAUGCGUUUCCAAGCAAUGGAAGCCACGUAUUAUCGCUGCUGCCUUCCGAGCCAACAAACCCCGAUCUAUCUAUUGGGUUGACAUCAAAGCUACCUCCUACUCCCGAAUCCUUCCGCGAGAAUCCCAAGUUCCUGGGAAUUUUACAAGAGGUUGUCUCGAAGUAUGCGCACGAAGACCCCGAUGCGAUUUCCCAGGCUCAGGUGAUGGCGUCCACGUCCGGGGCGAACCUGGCCGCUGGAGGUGUAUUGUUGACGGGCUCACAUCCUCGACGACGCCGUGGUGAAGUGGAUUCCAGUGGAGCAAGCGGUCAAGGCGGCGCUGGAUCAGCUGGAAGAGGUGGCUGGAUUCAUAUUUCAGAUGGAAGGCGGCCACCGGAGUACGGUCGAAUUGCAUGGCCGGAAGACAUUUUUGGAAGUUUAGAAGUUGAGGGCGAUGGAAGCUUUGCAGGUGGAAACGGAAACUAUCAGCCAAGUGGUACUUAUCGGAUUUUGACCCGGGAUGGAAUACUCGGCCUAAGCCCGUUUCUGAGAGAAAAGCUGGUGCAGAAGCUGCAAGAACAGGAGACAAAAUAAAGCCGCGUCGUACUUGUACAAUAGUUCAAAUUGUAUUAUACCUAAGUGAGGUGGAUUAUUCGCCCACUACAAGCUGCGGGUCAGCUAACAAUAUUAAUUUCCAGAAAUCCCAGCUCCUCGAGAGAAUUUACCUCAUAAUAGCGUGACAUCAUGAAGUACUGUGGCAUUAUUUAGAGAAAAAGGUCGUUAUUCGCUGUGCUCCGCUACUCGGCUUCUUUGCGUCCACCUUCUUUGAGGGUUUCUGGUUGUGUGUUGCGCUGCGCAUUUGCUUUUGAUUUGGAGUAUGCCGGUUUAGCGUAGGGCUUUGUGUAGCAGCGCGCUUCUUCGGUGGAGACACCAGUGUACUACUCUCUGUCUUCUGUUUUUCAAUGUCCUCGUCAUCUGCGGCUUCCUCUGAAAUGUCGGGAUGCCCUCGUUUG